GUUAAAUAAGUUAUUGGAAUAAUUCAGAGUUAAAUAUUCGCCCUCACUGCUGACAGACCGAUGUAAUAAAACAACGUCUGAGUUCUGCUGACCGUUAGCCAGACUAACCCUGUCAGCUAAAUCAAGCUGCUGUCAGUGUGUUGAACACUUGUUGAGGAGCGACACUCAUCUCUGAAGUUUACGAGCGACACGUGAAGGCAUCACAAAACCACAGAGUUGGUGUGCUCUCCGCUGGAGGGGCAAAACUUCUUCUUCAGUGAGUGAGUGAGUGAGUGAGUGUGCUGCUCUCAUGCAGAUGUGGAUGGAGGAGGACUAAACAACACGAGACUCAGACUUAGACAUGCGGGUUAUUAAGAAGUGGGGAUUUCUGAAGGGCAGACUAAAGUCUUCUUCUUCUGUUAGAGUUUUCUUCUGUUAACUGAGGGUGAGUUAUUCUUGUUUUUUUCUCUGUUCAAAUGUUUGAUAAAGUCCAGAAAGUUAAGGAUAGAUGUCUCUCUCUCUGUCUCUAUCUUCAUGUUAAAGAAAGUUUCUGCUCUUUAUUGAACUUCUUUGGUUUCCUUUUUUUUCUCGAUGCAGUGAUUUUGUGUUUGUUUUAUGCUCUUUAGGAGUUUUUGUUCUAAACCAAAAUCAUGUUCACAUCCUACAUAAAGAAUCUGAAUGAUAUGGUUUUUUCCACGGUAAGCGUACAGCUCAUAAACACUCAUGCAUGUCUUUGCGAUGCUGAGAGACGCAUGGCUGUACUAAAAAAUGUCUUUGGACCAACAACCUCUAAUUAUGUGUGAUUCAGAAACUGCACUCCCUUCUUUUGUUCACGGUUUGCAUCACCACGUGUAACCACUGUCACAGCGUCUUCAUGACAAACAUGCAUGUUGAUUGGCUGCUGCUGCUGCCGCCGCCGUCGCACACCUGAACAGAUAUUCAUGUGGGUUUUUAUCUCUCUGCUUUGCUUCAGUCUGAGACCCCUGAAGAGCAGCCCAGCACCGGGGUCUUGGGUCGUAUCGGGAGCUGGUUCUCUCCAUGGAGGGCGUGGAGUCCGAGGAGUCCGUCUGAGAAUGUCUCGCCAACCAGCGACUCGGUCUUCAAGUCAGACGGAGAAGAGGAGAGUAAGGAGGCUGUGAGGAACCUCACAGGCAUUUUCUUCUGUGAAGAUCAGGACGCCACGCAGUCUGCCCACAGAGACGGCUCAGCUGAGAGCAGCUCUGAGGCUCCAGGAGGAGAUCCAAAUGAGGAGGAGUCUGUGGGGUGGAGGGAGAAGAGAACAGGGCAGGGCAGGGAGAGGGCGGAGAGCAGCAACGGCGCUUCAGAAGAGAGCGGGAAUCCUGAGAAGAAUGCCAGCCAUCUGACACAUCCCUCUUCUUCUUCUUCUUCUGAGCAGGGAGUGUUAGGAGGACCUGACCGAGUCCACCACGCCCAACCUCAGGCCCAGACAGGCAAGAGGAUCCAGGUGUACCUGGAGGAGACCAGUGUGAUUCACUGCGGCAAAGACAUAAGUCCUGGACAGGAGGUCAUCACUAAGGUCAAGACGAGCCUUCAGGUGGUCCCCAGGAAAAAAUCCUCAGAGAGCUUCGAGCCGCCGGAGAGCGCCGCUUCAAGUCCUGGGAACAGAAGGACAAAUGUGACGCCCGCAGCCGGGGCGCCCAGUUAUUACAGUGCCCUGGUGGGAGUGUCACUGAAAUCACACAAAGACUCCGAGUCUGAACCGGAUCAAAAACAAACAGAGGAAGACGUCAUGGGGCGGAAAAACUCGGCCAAGAGGAGAUUCAGGAAGAACUCUCAGGGAGAUGGAGGGAACAGCCCCCAGCAGGAAAAACCGGGCCCCCCUCCGGACUCUGAGGGAUUCCCUUCAUCAGAUAAGAGCCGGACCAGCCCUCUGGGUAAAAGUCCACAGACUGACACGGCGGAGUCAUCUGCAGACUCCUCCUCUCUGCACAAUCCCUCCUCUAAAGCCUCACCUGAAGGAGGUGAACCUUCCUGUCCUGAGUCAGUCACCCAGCUGGACGACUUCCAGGACGCCAGCUCCUCCGUCACAGCAGAGAGCGCGGCGGGUGGAGGAGCAGACAUGGAGGACGAUGAGAUUUUUUACAGGGUGGAAAGGAAAACAGAGACACCGGAGUCCAAACGCAGGAGUCUGAAGGUGUCCCACAGCGAGGUCAAGUUUUACACAAAGAGUGUGGCUUUAAAACCUAAACAGGGUCCAGAGGGAGACCCCCAGGACUUCAGGUCGACUCUGAAGACCACCAAAGAGGAGGCAAAGGACAAGGCUACAACAGAGACUGACUGGAGGUGAGUUCAGUUCAGAGUCAAAUACAGACAGGUGUGUUUUCUAACUUCAAACGAUGACUCAUGACGUUUCUAUUCGCCGCUGAGUUCAAAACAAAAAAACACUUUCUCUGAAACUAGUCAAAGAAAUAAAGGUUUUAAUUUUACAACGACACGCCUCCACCCUGACAGUCAGAACAGAGGCUGAGAUAACUGCAGGAGACUAUCUCAGUGAGUCAGGAGACAAAGUUCAGCUCCGAUCAAAUACAGGUCAGCUUUACUCAAACACUCAGAUUCAAGAAGAAGUGAUUUGAGGCGGGACUCUGAAGGCCGUCCAGCCGGUUUGAUUUGUGCACACAAGCUCCAAACGCUGCUGUUGACUCCAACUGUUUGUCUUUUCUCACACAGACAAUCCAAGAAGCUCAAAGAUGAGACUAAACCUGCUGCCGGCCGAAUCGCUGAUAGGAUCAGCCUCUUUGAGCGCCCUGCAGACGGGGUCAGCAAGUUGACCUUUAAAACCCCCCGGAGCGCUGAUGUUUCCCCGGUCAGAAAAGGCCCCGAGGAGCCGAAGGUGAAUUUAUCAUCACCAGACCUGAGGUCAAGAUCCGCUGAGCGUUUCGGUACGGGCAGGUCCAGCUCGGCGUCUCCAACCAAAGACAAGCCGAUGACGAUCAAGGAGCGGAUGAAGAACUUCACCGAGGCGCCUAAAGCGAGGGAAAAGCCGGCACUGCCUCGCAAGCCAGCUAUGACAGGAAUGCCUCAAAAACCCGCCGUGUCGGCUCCAUCAAAGUCACGAGAACUGGACCGUCAGGGUAAACCGGAUUCUGUGGAGCACAAACAGGCAGAGGCAAAGACGACGAUAACACCGAAGCUGGACGGACAGGACUCAACGGACGCCGGGGUCAAGAUCUCUACUGCAGACUCAAAAACAAAGGACGCCCCAGUCAAGUCCGACCAGGGUACUGACCCGGCAGCCUCAGCUAAAGGGCCCGAAGACUCUAAAGACCUGACCAUCAACCUCAGCCCCAGGUCUAAAGGCAGGACAGGGUCCCGCUCUAAGAGGAGGAAAAGUAAAGAGCCCCUCAGUCCAAUGAGUCCAAACAGUGAAAACAAAUCCGACCACUUUAAGACCGAGACAGAACCAGCCGCUCCAAAACCAGAGCAGGUAGAUGGUCCAGAAACCACCUCUGCAUCCACGGACGUUUUUGAUCAAGAACAGACGGCGGACAAACUGUCUGACUUUAAACAGAAGUCAGAAAAACAGACGGACUCUCCCUUUAAGAAGGAGAAAACUGAAAAACCAGGAGGAGAGCCGAGGGGAUCGGCUGAACCCGAUACUGCUGGGACUCACAGCGGGGAAACAAAGACACCUGUUGAUAAGGAUUCAGUGAUCUUAGCCAGAAAAGAGGAAAAGGAAAAAGGAUCGUUCACUCAGGAGGAGAAGAAGGAAACCUCAGCCUCCUCCUCCUCCUCCUCCUCCUCUUCACCUGCAGCUGAAAAACCUGCUCAGAAAACUCCUGUGAAGGACCAAGAGACACCCGCCGAACAUCCCAAAGUCAACAAAGACUCACCAAAGAAACCCGAACGGGAGAAUAAAGGAAAAGUUAAAGGAAUCAGUCAAGAGGAGGCCGGGCAAAAAGACCCGACCAAAAACCAGGACAUGGUCCGAAUCAGGCCGGCUGAGAGGAGAGACGCCGGGAAAGUAGAAAAGGUAGAGAGAGAGAAACCGAACCGGGCUGAGAGGAAAGAAACGGACAAAUCAGAGAAGGUAGAGAAUGAAAAAGCACUUCGUCCUGAAAAGAGAGAGAAAGAAAAAGCAGAGCUGCAUUUAGAUAAAAGUCCCAAAACCUCUGUGGUCUCAGAGGGGGGGCAGGGCGUCCCAAAGACAGACGGGGCUGUUGUUAGAAAAGAGGACAGAAAAGAUAAAACCCAGGAAACAACAAAACCAGAAACCAACCAACAGGACGUGGCCUCAGAGUCCACCAGAAAGACCUCAUCAGAAGGUCCUGUCCAGACACAACAUGAGAGACAGAACAAGUCCACUCGUCCUCAGAAAGGUGACGGCGGCGCCAUCAUCGCCCACUCUACCGAGGCUGCGAACGGGUCCACGAGUCAAACAGAGACCGAGCAAAAGACAGAAAACACUCGAGCAGGAAACACAGAGCCGAAAGCUGGUUCUGUAUCCGUGGAAAAUACUGAAAUCUCAGCAGAUGACUCAUGUGCACAUGGAGCUAAUGAUCCUCGACUCUCCAGCCCAAAGCUUAUUACCAGAGCAGCAGUCAAGGAAGUGAGCGUAAAAGCCCGUAAUGACCCUCCAGCUCUGAUUACUGCACAGGCAGAUAAUACAGCAGAGACUGAAACUGCUCCCAACAACCCCACUCCUAUUUCUGAUCACAAAUCAGCAGAGAGGGAGCGAGGACCGCCGGGUCGGGCCGCCAAAUUAGAGCCCUCAGAAGGUGACAUCUCAGGAGAUAAUGGGAAAGUCUCUUCAACGGGCCGGGAGCUCAAGGAACCGAAGAAAACAGAGAGACCAGGAGGCGUGACGGAGAUGUCCUUGAAUAACUCCUCAGUGACUGUGCUCCAGGGCACAGCUGAGAAAACAGCAUCUCCUGUUGCUAACGGCGAUAUCACCCCACAUCCACCUUCCAGCAGUGUCACCAAGAAACCGAGUCCAGCCCCAAAAUCACCCGCUUCACAGGAGGUCAAGAAGCCGGACCAGGACUCAAUCCAGCGCUCCCCCAUGAAGAAGCUCCACCUGCCCCGAGGACUCAGCAGAGACGCUUCUGGGACGAGUGCGGACCAGGACUCCCCCUCCAGCUGGCUGGAUGUGGACCUGCCCAAGAGAAGACUCAAAGUCUCGAUGCCCAAACUGACCUCUGCCGGGAGCGAGAGCAACCUCCUGGACACGCCAGACGACCUGGACGACAACGACUUCAUUGAUCGAAUCAAAAAACUCUGCGCCCCGUUCUCCCUCCCGCCACGGAGACACAACCCGUACGGACCACCUCAGCCGCCGUUCGUCAUGCCUGCGAUCAAGGAGGACCGCUUUGAGAAGACCUUCGAGGAGUUCAAGUUUGGUCUGAGUAAAAAGAAGCAGUUCACCCUCGACACCCCCUCGAGCACUUUAGCCAAACUGCAGAACCCAGAGGAGAAAAGUAGUCCCAAACCGGCCCGGGCCAGUCUGGCUGACCGGAGCCUGCUCCUCAGCAGCAUGGACACCCACUCCCGCCUCAGGGAGAAGACCCCCGCCAAGGAAGACGAGGACGCCAAGGAAGACAAAGAGGACCAGAUCAAGCGGAAGUCUCGCUUGGAGGGCAGCUGUGUCCUCAGCAGCCUGAGCUCCUCCAUCUACAGAGGAAAGAGGACCGGACUUCAAACCCCGGCCGAGGAAUCCCACUCUGGGGACGUUUCACCCAGCGGAUCGCCCGGAAUCAGCCCUCCAUUUUCAUCCCAGCCCCUCCCACCGAGCCUGACAGCCCCACUCAAAGACACAGUGGCCAAGCAGAGCAACAAAGAGGAAGCCCAGGCCGGGGAGGCUGUGGUCAGUGACUCAGGCCCCCCACUUCCCUCCUUUAACGACAUCAAGCUGCCCGACUAUUUGGAGAAGUACCUCCCCCGAGAGCCGAAGUCCGAUCCAGGCAAACAAGGACAAGAAGAGACCAGAACAGAGGUUAGUGUUUCUGUAUACCCUCUAAAAAUGACAUGAAUGUAGUGAAGCUUUCCUCGCAGACAGACCGUCUCCUUCAGACAAUAAAGACCAAUGAGAGCAGAGCGCCGCCGUUUCAUAACCUAAAGACAGGAAAUGCUCAUAAAAACAGGAGCUCUGCUUCAUCAUCACAUCCUAAAAUAACCGGGAACGCCUCGCUGAUACUAACCCGACAUUUUUGUUGUUUUUUUUGGACCAGGCUACAGAAAAAAUGAGAGUCUCUGCAGCUGAAGUAGACGGGGCCGUAAAACCAGCUCCACAUUUUCCUGGGAUUCCUCCACCCACACACUCCACCCUCCCUGAGCUCCAGUCACAGGGAAUACUGACCAACACCGUAAGUGUGCAGAGUCCUGAAUAUUUCACUGAGGACACAGUUUAAAGACCUGAUGGAUAAGAGUUAACGGACCGUCACCUCAGAGAAGUCUGUCCUAAAGGAUCUGGACUAGAUAGGAAGUCCUUUAGUCCACGGGACAGAGACUCUGCUGUCUAAGGGACCCUGAAGUCUUCAUUUAACCAACCCUCAUUAUUGUCAAUCAUUUUCUCUAAAGGGUCCUUGACAAUAAUAAUAACAAUGAUUAAAAAAUAACAAUAAAUAAUAAUAAUUAUAAAGUAAUAAUUAUGAUUUAAACAAUAAUAAUAAUAAUAAUAAUAAAAGUAAUAAUUAUGAUUUAAAAUAAUAAUAAUGAUAAAAAUAAUAAUAAUUAUUAUUUAAACUAUAAAAAUGAUAAUAAUAGUAAUGAUGAUAAUAAAAUAAUAAUAACAACAAUAGAACAAGUGGAGCAGAUUUCUCUCCUUUAGGGGAUUUAAGAUCAAUGUUUUAUUCUGUAUCAGCUCCUGAUCAGAAAUAUUGAUUCUCUAAAUAUCAUGAGAUAGAUGUUUUCACGCUCCGUACACAGUCUAUAUUCAGGGUUUAUAACAGAAGGAGGAAAAAGCUCAUUGAAGGAGAAUUUUAUCAGUGGGACACAGUCCUGAAUUUAACUCUACUCUUAGAAAUCUUUGACAUUAAUCAAUAGAGCAGACCUACAAAACUUCUCCUUUAAAUGUUAAACUUGAUUGGAUUUCUCUCAAAAAUUCUUCUUAUCUUAAAAUACUGAGAGCAGACGUGUUGGAAUGACCGGAUUUUUCCAAUCAGCUGAUCACAUUUUAAAGUUUGAGAUUAUAACGAACACUCUGAUUGGCUGGCCGAGAUCAGGUUCAGAACAUCGGGCUUCUCCGUCUGAUAGAAACUCAAAGGUCAGGAUAUUCAAGAAAAAUACUGAUCAAAAUACCGAUCAAAAUACUGAUCCAAAUACUGAUCCAAGUACUGAUCGGUCUGCUGUGAAGAUUUUCUCAUUUUUGAACUCGCUCUGAAGUUUUUUAUUCUCUGCUUUUGCUUUGCAGAUAAAAACUGCCAGAGGAUUUCACAAGCGCCCUGGAAAGGUACAGUAGGCUCAUCUUUGCCCACACAGAAUCAGAACAAGCUGGAGAGAGGAAUCUGGACCGACACGGUUCUAUGAAAACAUCUGGUCCUCAUACGGGCUUCUAGGGGGUAAACAAGGUCCUCAAAAAAAAACACAUUCAGCUGGAUGUGAUUUCAAUCAGCGGGUUCAGAGUCAAUGCCAAUGCAGAGCCAGAACCAGAACCAGAACCAGAGCCAGAGCCAGAACCAGAGCCAGAGCCAGGCUCGUGGGUUCUUUAUUAUUGACAGGGGGGGAGGGAGCUAAGAGGGAGAGAGAGAGGAGAUAGAGAGAGAGAGAGAUAGAGAGCGAGGGAGGGAGAGAUUCCUCAGAACAUUUUUUCGUUGCUUGUCAACUGUCAGCCGCCCUGAGGUUUGCAUGCUGGCAUUGACAUGCACACACACACACACACACACACACACACACACACACACUCACACAGACACACACACACACACUCACGCAGACACACAGACACACACACACACAGACACACACACACACACAUGCACUCACACACACUCACACACUCACACACACACACACAGACCCAGCGUGAAAAGGGCAGAUUUGAUGAGCGUGUGCAGAAUACAGAGUGGACCACAGCAGCAGGUUUUUGUUGCUCAUUCUUCCUAAACUGGUAUUUUUAGUCUCUGCCCUUUAAACUACAAAUGUUCUUUUUAUUUCACCUUUGGCUCAGAAACACAUUUACAGUGAGUGUGAGUGUGUACACGCUCUUAGCUGUAGAUUUACAGACUGUUCCUGUAGUUACAGAAGAAGAGGAAAUAAAGCGUUGUGCUGCUGAAUGAUCAGAGUUUAAUGUGAAGAUGAAGUGCUGCUGCUGCUGUGUCCUCCUUGGAUUUUCCCUUUUUUUCACUCUAACCUUCUUUUUUCUUCAUUCUUUGCAGAUGGUGUUGUUUGAGAAAGCUCAGUUCAGCGGCCAAGCCUUUGAGAUUUACAGAGAUGUGGCAGAUGCUACGUCUCUGAAGCUCUCUCCUCUCAUAUCGGUGAAGGUUGUUAGAGGAUGGUGAGUUACCGUAUGUAAACGGACCUUUCAGAACCAGAACAAACGCAGAUCUCAUUAGUGUGGAGUAGUUUUGGGACCUCUCUUGUAGAUAUUCUGUAAGUUUAAUUGAAUGACUCAUCAGCCCUGAAUGCUCCUAUAAUGACGUUUAUAAUCCCGCCGUCGUUUCCUGAACACGAACAGAGGUCUUCAUUCUGUUUGUGUUCUUGGGCCAAAGAAAGACCCAGUCCUGAAUCCUCUCCCCAUAAAUCAUUGGCAUAGCUCUGUUUACUUGCUGGCGGUCCGCCUUUGUUGGAUCAGCUCUGGACUUCUCUGGUUUUACCCCCCCAGCUUUGGAGUUUAACAGCAUGAAGAAAACAGUGGAGAGAUGCUAAUGAGCUCCUGUAGUCCCCCACCAGGGUCUCUGUGCUGCUGCACUAACAACAGGGACUUACGUAACAGAGCUGACACUCAGAUUUUACAUUUAACUACAAGGUUUUUACUCGGUUCUGUCUUUAUUGGUCCAUGAUCCGGGCUGUUUGACCCGGGAACUGAACUGUUUUGGGUUCGGGGUUAAAUCACAUGGUUUAGCCUUAUAUCUUCCUGGUUUUGUUUCUCCAGUUGGAUUCUCUACGAAAAGCCCGACUUUCAGGGACGCUGCAUCGCUCUUGAGGAGGGGGGCCUCGAACUGGCGAAUGUGUGGGCGGAGCCUGUACCUGGAACCGAACCGCAGAAUGGCCCCCCAAUGCUGAUUGGAUCUAUCAGGCUGGCGGUCUGGGUGAGUGCUCUGAAAACAGUCUCCUCAGCUUUACUCCAUGAGACUGACGGAGCCGCCGUCAGAACCUCAAAACGAAUAAUGAGUUUAGUCCGAUUAAACUGAGACUGUGAACGAUCUGAGUGUCUCUAUCUCAGAAACUAUCAGGCGGUUUUAUGUGCCUCUGUAUUCUCCUCUUUAGUUCUGUGGUAGGAUUAGUAUAAUCAGAUCUCCUUUUCUGUAAUCUGGAUUAUUUAAAGUCCAACUGAACGGUGACAGAGUGGACGGAUCAGAACCAACAGUGCUCCUUAAAAUCCUGGAUCUCCUUUCAAACGAGCGUUCGAUCAUUUCUGUGAAGACUCUGACGAACUUCGGUAAAACAGCGUCGGGCAGAUUGAUCGUCAUAGAUCGUUCUCUGCACUAACUGUCAGAUGUUCUCAGAGAUGAAUUCAUCAUUAUCAUCAGAUCAGUCUCACAGUCGACCGUGUCCGAACAAAUCUGAAACUCAUGAUCCUCUGAACUCUUCAUUCUUCUGUCAGGACGGACGUCUCUCUGUAUUUGAACCUUUACUGAUCAGGACAGACAUGUGAGGAGAGAGACUGUCAUGGUGGGGUUUGUUACAGACCUGAUGGGUCCAGAGUGAAGAGGACUUCAGCACCUGUAUAUGGGGGGGGGGGGGUCUGCUGAGCUUUAAUAUUUCAUCUUUAAUCUCCUCAGACUGUUGAGAGUCAGAGCGUCUGAACCUUCACACACAGAGCUGUCUGUGUUUUCUCCUUUAAACUGAGAGUACGAUCAUCUGUGGGUCGAACCCGGUGUUAACAUUCAGGCUGAUGUUCUGGUCUUCUGGAGAUGUUUCAGUGGUCUACUCCAGGCUGAUAAUUGCUGUGUUUGGUUCUCCCCCGCAGGAUUACAGCCUCCCUCAUAUCGAUCUGUUUACUGAACCAGAGGGCCGCGGCAGAGUAACACCUUACCACGACGACGCCGUGGAGACGGGCUCGUUUGGCAUCCCACUGAGCACGGCGUCCAUUCAAGUGCACUCCGGAGUGUAAGUGAGACGAUUUGUGCAGAUCCUCAUAAUUGAAACCUGGUAAAGCAGACACGGGGGCGUUAAACAAGCUGCUGAAACCAAAUCCUCAAGGAGACACGUGGCCCUGUUAUUGUGAUCGAUCCGGUGGAAGGUAGUGAUCAGAGGAGUGGAUUUAAUCUGGGAUAGAUUAAACAGUGAAGGAGUGAAGACAAGGAGCUGAUGCUCCGUCACAGAAUCGCUGAAAUUGAAGCUAACGAGACGACUGUGGUUUUCCACAUCGAUUUUCUUCUUAAUUGCUUUCAGAAGUAGGAGAAGAGUCGACUUCUGAAAAGUGUCCUGCUGUGCUCCCCAUGAGGCUGUUAACAUUGAUGAGAUGCUCCCAGCCUGUGGCUUUGACAAAUAGCUGAGAGAUGAUAAUCAUUACGACGUUCCUCAGUCUUUGACUCUCGCUGGUUUGUCGACUCAGGAAUGUCUGUCCUGCCGCUGCAUGUUGGGAAACACAAAACAGAGAGAGAGGGGGGUGGAGAGAGAGAGAGAGAGAGAGAGACAAAGGUGUGGAGAGAUGUUGGCAGAAGGGAGAAGCUUGUUCUCCAUGUGAGAGGUGAAGGUAUGCAGGACAUCUGGAGCCCCGCCCACAGAGAAGCCAACAAAGAUUCUCCCACAGUUACUUCAGGUUUACUUCGACACGUGUGGACAGGGCUGGGCGAUAAAACGAUAACGAUAUAUAUUCAUAAUUAAUUUACCUCAAUAUCAAUAUCAAACAUGAUCAAUAUCCUUCUCAAUAGUCGACAUUCUGACAUGUUUUGGUCGACUAUACGAACAGCCAAUGAAAAGGGGAGUUAUCAACUGAUAUAAAAAAUAAUAAAAAAAAGUUUGGAAUAUUUGUCAAUUCAACCCCAGCCUCGUGUUUAACGCGGUCUGCUGCUUUCUGGAGAAUUAUUCAAAGACUUUUUAAUGUUCCCUGGUCUCUGUGAUAUGUUUUUGAAAUUCACAUCGAACUAUUUUGUUUCUCAAAAAAUUGUAGGGCGGACACCUCAUGAUUCACAAAAAGCCAUAGAAAUAACGCAUAAAAUCAUGAGUCGGUAUUUAAUAAAUAAACGGCUGUAAUUUUAAAUUGCCACAAAAUACGUGGACCAUCUUUGAAAGCAACAUCAAACAUAACAAGACGAUAACAACAACACAGUCAGUACUUUAUGUGACCGCCUCUAGCGUUGUACAAUGCGCGUACACGUCUGGGCAUGCUGGUCACUAGGUUGGUAAGAGUUAAAACCGGGAUUUCUCGUCAGCAUUGGAUCACAGCCUGAGUCAGUUCAGCCACGUUUGUUGGAGGAUCAUUCACGUUACACGAAACACUGAAGAAAAUAUUCCAAACUUUUUUCCAACACUGUAUCCUGAUAAACUAUUUCCCGGUAUCGCCCAGCCCUUCAUGUAGAUAAGAAAUAACACGCUAUAGAUUCUCCUCAGCAGUUCCUGACAUCUGCACAGAGCUAAAAGCUGUCAGAUGCUAACACAGAUCCGACUGUAGCGUUAGCUAAACUCGGUGAUACUCGCUCAUCUGAGUCUGAGUCCAAAAUUCUGUUUUUAGCUCACAGCGGUUUUCUUCAGCUGCCGUGUUAUUCUGGUUUCAGCUCCACCGCAGUGACUGAAUGGAAAAAGGUUCUUCUUCUUCUUCUUCUUCUUCUGCCAAAGUCUCACAUGUGGAGUUUUAUAGAGGCAGAGAAAUGUCAGGAGUAGAGAGGCAGGAAUCUAGCAGAGGUUGUCUACGCUGUAAAUGAACAGCAGAGGUUUCUUUUCAUAUUCGCUCUAAAAUAAGAAGCUGCUGCUGAUGUUGUUCAUGACUCAUCCGUGAGGAAGAUCUGAAACAGUGAGAUAAAGCUCGGCUCUCUCUGACCCACUCAGGCUCUGGGCUGUGGACAGAUUUAUAACGGAGCUGUCGGUGUCAGAGAGUUCGUUCUCUCUGAUUGUGUCUUGGCGGCGUUUUAUAACGAGCCACACAGGGUCACGACAAACACUCCUGUUAGAAGAGCCUGGAGGCAGAGCGCAGACAGAGUUUUAGCUGAAUGCUUCAUUAACACGCUCCGUGGGUGUUCCUCUCUCCUUUAGGUGGCUGAUCUUCAGUGACCCCGGCUUUCAGGGCAUGGUGGCGGUUCUGGAGACGGGAGUUUAUCCUUUCCCUGAGACCUGGGGCUUCUCCUCACCGUUUGUCGGAUCCAUUCGACCGCUAAAGAUUGUGAGUAUUCCUGCGAGGGCGAGUCUUCAGAGGAGGUUUACUGAUGAUGUGAUGAUGAGAUGUUAUUUUUAACGGCGCCGCCGCCAUCAUGAUGCUGUGGGAACGAUUGUCUCCCCUGACUGUGGUCCAGACCUGAAGGGAUCAUGGAUGGAUGUACGACUUCCUGUUGUGCAACCAUGUGGUCAGAGUGUCUUCUGUCACUCUGAUGUGGUCUGAAGACGAGUUUUUUUCAUGCCUGCUGCUGAAAGUCAAAACUUUCAUACCUUUAGUACGAUCACCGGACCAACAUCUAGGUUGGACCAACACUUCCACACAGGAACCUUAGUGGGUUCUGUCCACAGGGGAGGAGGUCUAACCCUUUCCCUGUCCUUCCUCCUUCUCUGAGUUCACAUCCUUUUUCUGAGUCUCUGCUAAUAUUUGAGCGAUCAGCGUUAAAGGGAUAUUCUGCUGUAAAAUUAAUUUAGGGUCAAACCCACCGUAACACCGAGUUAGACCCCGCCCCCUCCAGAGAUGAAUGUUGUCGACCGCUUGCUUCUCUAGUUAUACCAACUUUAGUAACGACCGCAGGAUAGAAAUACAGAGAGCCACGCCCUCAACCAAAACGCCACUCUAUAGCCACAAAUAAUGCUCAGAACAGCACCUAACUUCAUCAACAGGACAUAUAGGGUCACAGACAUAGAGCGACCUCAGGCCAGUCCAUUACAGACUACAGCGGGGUGCCGCAGCUCAAGGAAGAACAUUUAUGAUCAUUUCUUUAUAAUUUCCUUGAAGUAAUAAUCAUCAUAUUAAUCAUUUUACAGACGUGGUAGUUCUUCUGUCUUAGCGUCUCGGUCUGAUUGUAUUUCCAUGAAGAAAUGAUCAUAAAUGUUCUUCCUUGAGCUGCGGCACCCCGCUGUAGUCCAAACACUUCUCUGGGGGGUCUAACUCGGUGUUACGGCGUGUUUGACCCUAAGUUAAUUUUACGACAGAAUAUCCCUUUAAUGAACCUCCACAGUUGCAGAAGUUCAGGUCUUUGUCUUCCGUGGACUCACCGCCGUCCUCAAACACACAUUUCUGUUUUAAUGUUUCAUGUAAGGUCGGUAACUGUUUCUGUUUCUGUGUCUGUUUUUUCUUCAGGGGGGGUUCAAGGUGGAAAAUCCCAGUGAAGUCAAGGUCAGACUCUCUUCUCCUGUUUGUCGUCUGUAUAUUUCAGUUUGUAUGAGCGGUAAACACGAGCAAACAAACUCGGAGUUUAUGACGCUCCUCUGAGAUCUUUUAAAAUAGACGCUCUGGAGGAAUGUCGGCGUGCAGCCACAGCAGUUUAUUCUUCAUGGUUUAGAGAGGACGUAUUUACAGUCAUAGGAGGUGAAGACCGCUGCAGCUGAACAGACGGAGCUCCGAAAGAGUUUCAGAAGAAAUAUUCAAGGCUGAUUUAUUGGAAAGAUGAUUUAGAGAAAUUAAAGAUAACUCGAUAAAAACUGAACUUUGAAAAGAGAAAAGGUCAGACUCCAGAAACCAAAGGAUGAGCUGAUGUAAAAAUACUCCGGUCUGCUGAACAACGACGGAGCAUGAGUCAGAUUCUAUGUCAUCUAUCUCUACAGGCGGUGCUGUUCGAGAAGCCCGGCUUCGAAGGCUCCAGCGUGGAGGUCGACGGAGAAGUUUUCAGCUUUGGUGACGGAGACGACGGAGAAAACUCAGAACCAAAGACCCUGAAGUCCGUGGGUUCGUUCAGGAUCAUCGGUGGACUGUGAGUCUUCACGCUCCCUCUUUACUGAGGACUCAAUUCAAGGACUGGUUUUCAGAUUAGGCAAGGAGGCAAGGAAACAAGGAAGUGUUAUAUUUUAGGUUACAAUGCAGGUACAAAGGUAACUUAAAGAGCUUUAUAAAGUAAUAAGACGCAGUAUUUGAUGAAAUAACAGAAUUGAGUCAAAUAAUUAAUGAAUUAAUGAGUGAAGGGCGAUAAAGUAAAGACUGUAUCUGAGAGAUUCCAGGUCCGUUCUGGACGAUAACGAAUUCGCCGCUUCACCGAACGCCGUCAGACGACUCCUCAAUGAUCAUGGCCGCUCUUCUGUCAUUCCAGCUGGGUGGGUUACAGCCAUCCCGGGUUCGAGGGUCAGCAGUACGUCCUGGAGGAGGGGGAGUACCUGGACUGCAGAGACUGGGGAGGAUCUGAGAAGCUGCUGUCGCUGAGACCGAUACUGGCUGUGAGUAGAUCUGGGUCCGGGGUUUGGGUCGAACCUUCAUGCAGGACUUAGCCUGUCUUAGAGGAGCUUAACGGCAAUGAUCAAAGUUAUUAUUGAUCAUGAUCGGGUUAUUUUAACGUUGAUUAACAUCUCUGUUACUGAGUUUGUAAAGAGUUCACCGACUUUAUAAUUAAAGGUUUAAUAAUGACAAACUAGCAGGUAACCGUGUCUCUGAUGUUCUUCUGAUGAUCUUCAGGAUGGUCUCCUGUGUUUUUGUUCUUCUUCUGCAGGACUUCAUGUCUCCACACCUCAAGAUGUUCAGUGACAGAAACUUUGGAGAUCUGGGCGUCAACAUUAACCUCACAGUUCCUGUCAUCAACAUGGACGACACCGGCUACGGCACCAAGACGCAGUCUGUAGACGUCAUCAGUGGCGUGUAAGUGUGACAUCCUCUGACCUCCGCAGGUGUCUGAUCAGGCGUUAAAGGAGGAGGAUCUUCUCUCAGAGACUCUGUUUCUGUCAGGAUCGCUCGUUGUUUCCUCUGUUAGACCUGUAGUUCGGCGCCGCCUCGUUCCUGACUCUUCAGGAAGCUUCCUCGUUCUUCAGACCCGUAAUUACUCUGAGCUGCAGAUCCUCUGAGGUUUUAUUGGCAUUCAGAGAAAGUCUGAGCCCGGGCUGACAGGUUCAGACGGUUCACCUGGUUCUCUAAUGUUUAGUCUGCCACACCUCACUUCCUGUCAUGUUAGUUUGUCCUGAAGCGAGGGAGUAGAAACUAAAACGGUCUCAGCGACACUGAGGAGAAGUUUCAUCAGAGCGGCUGUCGGAGGAAGAGCUCGGGGUUCUUCCUUCAGACAUCAGAGGAAAUAAAAACAGGAAUUAUUAUUCCCAUCACAGUGAAGAGAGGACAUGCUGAUGUCUGCCGUCCCAGGAGACAGACAGACGGACAGACGGACGACCCGAGGACGUGAUGAAUAAUGUGCAGAAGAACAUUAGGUCCUCCUCCUCCUCCUCCUCCUUCUCUCACAACAACCCAAAGUUAUUCUCACUGCGGUGGCGGCGGCCUGUCAUUAGCUCACACAGCCUCGCCCCUCACGCUUCGCUGCUCUCUCACGCCGCCGCCGUCGUCUCUGUUGUUUCAGCGUCACUCAGAAGGACUUGUUUGGAGUGUAGCGUGUCAGACCCAGAAAUGCAAACACAGCCUGGAGCAGAAAUACCCAAACAGUCCACAUCACAACAACACACCCAGACUUCAGUCAAGACGGCACAUGCAGAACAUCCCAGCGAUCAUGGAGGAGGAUCUCCUCAUGGAGGAGGAUCUCCUCAUGGAUCUGGACUCAGACCAGGAGGUUCAGACUGAACAGAACCGGGACUGAAAGUGAACGUUUGUGUGGGUCAACAUCAGGAGAGGAAGUGAAAGAGUGACUUUCCUCCUCUGUCUCUCUCAGGUGGGUCGUGUUUGAGGAGCCCGGCUUCUGUGGGGAGUCUUACAUCCUGGAGAAAGGUCUGUACGGGUGUCCGGAGGACUGGGGGGCGAUGCAGCCCAGAGUGGCCUCAGCUAUGCCUGUGGUUCUGGUAAGAAGUGACUCAGACGCAGUUUUCUCUUCACAGCUGCUCUGACAUUUCCUCUCUCUCGUCACGCUCUUAUCUGAACGCUCUCAUCUCGCCGCUGUCACAGGAAAGCGCUCCUCGUCAUAUUCUGGUCUCAGUUUGGUAAACCGAGUGUUUUGGUGUUUUGGUCGCUGUCACACUCGUGUGUCUGCGACCAAACCUGAAAUUAGAGGAUGAAAACAAGAAUUCCCUCAAAUCUAAACAGUCGAGUAUCUUCAGGAGAACCGGGUUAAACCGGGCCGGGACACGCAUGAGAGGAAAAUGUUUGUCAUGAGGCUGAGAGUCAGAUCCUCUGAGAUCAGAGCCGUGAGUCAUCAUCACGCUGCUUCAAUUUCAGACCAGAAAUGACAGACGGACGAACGGACGGAGGGACGGACAGAAACCAGAACUGACUCCAGCUUCUUUCUCUAACCUCCUGCUGCUGCUGCUCUCCUCUGACUCUCAUGAUUCACUAAAACACAGAAACAGGCUGUUUCUUCAGAUCUCUGUAAGACUCUCCUCUCUGACUGUUUUAAUCCGGUUUCUCUCUCACGCUCACAGACCACAUCACUUUAGAGUUUGUUUUUGAGUCUUUAAACGGAUCAGCACCACCGUACGUCUCUGACCUCUUCAGUGUUUACACCCCCACAUGUUCCCUGAGGUCAGCUGAUCAGCUCCGACUCUUCGUCCCUAAAACUCGUUUAAAAACCCGCAGUGACCGAAGUUUCUCAGCUGCGGCUCCUAAAUUAAAACAUCCCCGACUCUUUCUACUUUUAAAUCUCGUCUUAAAAUCCAUUUUUAUUCUUUUUAGCUCAGCGUGAGAGUUGUCUGAUCUCUGUCCUUUUAUGUCUUUAUUUUUAUUUAAUUUAUUUCAUUUUAAAUAUUUUUUUUUACCUGCUUUUAUUUAUUUCCUCUCGAUGUUUUUCUGUUUGUUCUUUUAAAUUUUACUGUGCAGCACUUUGAUAAACUUGAACUUAACUGUUUUUAAAAUGUGAUAUAGAAAUAAGGCGGAUUAGAUUAGAUCUGCUCACAGGCGUUUCACAUAAUCACGUAGAAAUAGGCAGCAUAGAAGCGUCUCUUGUAGGACGUAGAGCCUGUUUCAUAACUCCAGACUUCUCUCAGGAUGAAAAAUAAAGACGGUGUGAGUCUCCUGCCUGUCUUCAUGAUGGUGAUGAAGUUUGUUUGUGUUUUUUUUUUUCAGGACGACUUCGAGAGCGCGGCCAAGUUCAAGGUAGGUGACUGUGACCCAUCAGAGAGCGUCUGCUGAUGCUGACGGCGUUUCUGUCGUACCUGAGGAUGUGUGUGAAGGUCCCGGCCUGCAUGACUCACUCUGGAUUGUCAUGCUGUUUGUGCCCCAGGUGCAGCUUUUCUCUGAUCCGGGUUUUCAAGGCCCCGUCCUCGCCAUGGAGGACAGCGUGGCGUCCCUGCCGGAUGGCUUCUCCGUGGCGUCGUGCAAAGUCCUGGCCGGCAGGUGAGUAAUCCUGCGGAGAAAAGGACAGUUCUGUUUGGUUCAGGGUAGAGUCUUAAGUGUAGAGUCUUAAAGUUCAGGUUCUGACAAGUUCUGAUUAAAGCGAUAUCAUCUGUAGAUCCUAAUGACAUGUCUGCAUGAAACCUCAACACCAACAAUCAUGAUGUGAACACCGAUCGGACUCCUCAGAGGAUCCCUCUCAUCUCUGCUCCUCUCCUGUGUGUGUGUGUGUGUGUGUGUGCGUGCGUGGACGUGGCGCUCAGCUGGCUGGCGUUUGAGGGUCAGGACUUCUCAGGUCGGAUGUACGUGUUAGAGGUGGGGAGUUACCCGGACCUGAGAGCCAUGGGCUGUUUCAACACGAGCUCGUCGAUCCUGUCGCUGCAGCCCGCCGGCUUCGUGAGUUUGUUUCUGUUUUUAUGAAGGUUUGAACUUUUAACUUCAACAUUUAUCUGAAUCUGGACGAGACCUCCUCAAAGACUUCUUCAUGUACGAACCUCAAACUGGACUUUUACAGGACAGCACACUGCUUCAGGCUGAGUCAGAGUUAUCGAUUAAUCAAUCAAUCAAUCAAUCAGUCUUUAUUUAUAGAUCACUUUUCAUACACAACCAUGUGACACAGAGUGCUUUACACAUAAAAAGGAAUAAAAGAAACAAAGAAAACCUAAAUCCACCCUGACCCGACCGCUCACUCCCACCAUCGAAGAACAGAAACAGGAUUAAAAUACAUGAACUUAAAAAGGGCUUAAAAGAGCUGUCAGUGAGCUCUCAGUCUUCAGACCCGGGUCUGUCUGUUGUUUCGGGGUCGAGGGACUUCACUGAACCUCUCUCCUCCUAAAUAAUUAGAUCUUUUCUUCAGGCGACGUCAGAAAACAGACAGACGUGUUAAAGCGACUCCAGCAGAUGGCUGAUGUGUUUUCAGAGCUGAAACUGUUCAGGGUACAAUUUUAUACUUUUAAUCCUCUUUCUGUUGAGGUUUAUUGUGUAUUUUGAGGUUGCCCCGGUAACCAACUUAAAGCCUCGUUCAGGGACGUUCAAUUAUCUCCAUCCUGUUUACUCUGGGAGUCUGAUUUAAAAGUCCGAUCUUCAGGGAAAGCUGUAAACACACACACACACACACACACACACACACACACACACACACACACACACACACACACACACACACACACACACACACACACACGUUGAGCAUGUGGUCCGUUUCCAGGGCAACGUCAAAGUGUGUUGAAGCAGCAGCUGUCAGUGUUUCAUCGUCGUUUCACUCUGCGUCUCUCUCCCUGUCGGACAGGAGUUCUCGCUGCCCUCCAUCACCGUUUUCGAGCGCUGCGGUCUGCGGGGGAAGAGGGUGGUGCUGACGGACGGGUCGGUCAAUCUUCAGCUGGCCGGAGGCUGCAGCAGAGUCCAGUCGGUGUUGGUGGAGGGAGGCAUGUGAGUAUCUGACUGCUGCUGCUGCUGCUGCUGCGUGGUUCCUCGCUCUGAUGUAAAGCUGCUCUGGUGGUGGAGGUGUGAGUUUGACAGGUCCGUGUGUGAGUGGGAGCAAACACAGGUGAACUGUGGAGGUGCAGCUCCACACCCACACCCACAGCUCUUUUCUCUUUUAAACGGCUCAGCUGAUCUGUGAAGGAUCUGUCAGGUAAACAACCAUCGACUCCAGAGAGACGAGUCCCUUCAGGCGACCCGAGCUCUCGAGGUCACACGGAAACAGAGAGGCGGUUUUGUGAGGAGGCGGUUCUUUCUGGCCUCCUGCACGAGCAGAGUUUAAACGCCAUCGAUCAGAACAGGUUUUUAGAGGUUCAGAGGUGAGAGAGAACCGAGAUCCUCUGACCCCGAGUCUGUAUCCGGAGCAGAUUUGGCGUCUAAGCUCAGACACGGUGUUUGAUAGAGAGUGUGAGGAUCAUCCCUGACAGAGAGAGCGAUGAUGGAAACCUGCUGCUGAUGUGUGAGAUUCAGAGAGCAGCUGUGAGUCCAGCGGAGGAGAGAAAGACCUGACAGAGAUCCAGACCUGUCUGUGGAGUGGCACAUUCCUACAGCCGUCAGUGUCAGAGCCGGUGUGGGCGGGUGGAGGCUCAGCACAUUUCCAAAAGAUUAAAGCUGGCACGAUCGGUGCUGCGGGGACGAGAGGACUCCAAAAACAACAACAACAGUCAGAGCGCCCAGUCUGAGGAAAAACUCAGACUAGGAUUUGGAGGAUUUUCAGUCUGAAGAUGAGGAGUCAGAGUCCAGAGAGAGAGAGGAGAAGACAGAGAGGAAAUAUGAAUAUAGUAGGGCUGAACGAUAUUAGAAAAAACUAACAUUACAAGGAUUUUCAACCCUGCGAUUAUAUAUAUAUAUAUAUAUUAUGAUGAUCUGAAUCUGAGUUUGUGCUGAAGUCUUGAGGACAGUUAACCUGCUCUGAUCUUCUGUCUGUCUCAGAGAUAUUUUUAGUUUUUAUUGUUCUGGGAUGUUACCGUGCAGGGGGGCGUGGUUUCCUACUCUCUGAUUGUGAUUGACGGCUGGCAGGAUAGUCUGAUUGGUAACUGAGUAAAGAACGAAUGUGAUUGGUGGAUCGCUGCACAUGCAGAGUCACAUACAGUGUAUCUCAGUCAGCUGACCUUGAAAUUAGUUCAUUCUCCUCCGACAUCGCAGGUUCUGACAUGAGUAUCACGUAAACGUACAUCGCCAUGACGAUGAUCAAAUCAUAUAUCGUGCAGCCCUAAAAUAAAGAUAAUUUUAUAAUAAAUAACUUUAAAUGACAGGAUGAUAAAAACAGAUUUCUAUGAUAAUCUUCAUCUGCAGUUAAAGAGACGAGAACAGAGUUUAAUUGAUUUAGUCCUCGUUAAGGUUUCAGGACAUAACGAGGUCUGUGUGUCUCUGUGUGUCUGUGUGUCCAGGUGGGUUUUAUACGAGGAAAUCAACUAUCGGGGGGCCCAGGUUCUGCUGAAACCCGGUGAGAUCCCGGACCUGCGUCAGUUCUGCAGCUGGAGGAAAAUCGGCUCACUGCGCCCUCUUCUGCAGGUACGACACGACAGGAAGUCACAUGACCACACACCGACAACUGACCUUAUAAACACACAACAUAAACACUCUGAUGCUGUUACACAACCCAGUCACGGGUCCAGUGAACCCCAGACCCUGACUCUGGGAAAUCCUCUUGACUGUAAAGACUCAGACUCAGUCCUCCUCAGGAACCCUCAGUGAUCCUCCUGCAGACUCUGAACUCUGAUGGGUGACUCAUGUUCUGAUCCGUCUGUGUCUGUGUGUGUGUGUGUGUGUGUGUGUGUGUGUGUGUGCAGAAACAAGUCCACUUCCGGGUCAGGAACAGACAGACCGGGCUGAUGAUGUCACUCACCGGAGACCUGGAUGACGUCAAACUGAUGCGGGUCCAAGAAACCGAGGAGAACGACGGAUUCGAGCAGAUCUGGUUCUACCAGAACGGACAUCUUCACUGCAAGGUACCAGAACCGUCUGUUGUAGAUCUGAGGGGGGAAAAUGGAGAGUGAAGAGGUUUUCAAAGACCAGGAUCAGUCUGUGAGGAAAUAAACUCACACAGUCAGAGACGAUCUGAGAGGAGGAGGAGGAGAUGAUCGCAGGUGAAGUCACAGGAACGUCUGUUUAGAGAGGCCUGUGGAUGGCGCUGUUGUCAUUCAGUUUUUAAAAGAGUUUGUGUUUGUUACACGCACACACACACACACACACACACACACACACACACACACACACACGCACCCACACCAAGGACAUCUGACUGAGUAAUCUGCUGAAUGAAUUCAAACAACAAUGAACCUCCACGUGGACCUCAGAGGAAACUGGAGGAAGGUCGAACCAUCAGCCCGACCCUGAGGUGGAUCAGUGCUGAUGUCUGUUUACUGAACUAAAGUUCACCAUCUGUGUCAGAACAAAUGAAAACUGUCUGAAAAUGUUGGGUCCUGAACGAGGAAGAGGAGGAGGAGGAGGAGGAGGAGGAGGAGGAGGAGGAGGAGGUCAGAAGAGCUGAGACCUUUUUACUCUCUCACAGUAAAACAAAAUCACCGUCAGUCUGAGGAUUUAUUUGAUUUAAUCUAAAAUAUCAUGAAUAAGAACUGAGUAUUCUGUCUGUUUAAAGUGAUGAACACAGACGUACAGAUAGGGCUGCAUGAUAUAUGGUUUGAGCGUCGUCAUGGCGAUGUACGUGUGCGUGAUAGUCACAUGUCAGAGUCUGUGAUGUCGGAGGAGAAUGAACACGUCUAAUUUCAAGGUCAGCUGACUGACGUACACUGACAUGUAGACUCUGCAUGUGCAGCGAUCCACCAAUCACAUUCGUUCUUUACUCAGUUACCAAUCAGACUACCCUGCCAGCCGUCAAUCAAAAUCAGAGAGGAGGAAACCACGCCCCUGCACACGGAGUGAGUCGCUGGCGCUGACGGUGUUGACCCGAGAAAGUACAACACCGAUAACAACAACAACAACAACGAUUGUAAAACGAGAAACGAACAGAGAAAACCACCGAAGAAGAAGAAGAAGAAGACGUGUUUCAGUUAUCUGGAAUUAUUUCAGUUCUAAGAAGGAUGAUGUCGACUAAAACUCGUGUUCUGUGUUCAUCUGUUUCCACGGUAACGUCCCAGAACAAUAAAAACUAAAAAUAUCUCUGAGACAGACAGAAGAUCAGAGCAGGUUAACUGUCCUCAAGACUUCAGCACAAACUCAGAUUCAGGUCAUCUGAGGAGGAAAAUGACUAUUCUUUAACAUCACAAUAUCGCAGGAUUGAAAAAUAUUGGUAUGUUAGUUUUUUCCAAUGUCGUGCAGCCCUACACACAGACCUUCUUCAUCGUCCUCCUCCUCCUCCUCACUGUGACGGACACUCACUCCUCUCCUGUCCCUGUUCUUCCAGCUCCUGGAGGAGUGCUGCCUGAGCCCCAGCGGCAGUGUCACCAUAGCAGGGAGCCGAGUCGGUCUGAGCCCUGAGCCACAGAACCAGGUCCACCUCUGGAGCAUCACACCUGAGGGCUUCAUCCGCUACACGCCAACAGCUGAUCUGGUCCUGGAGGUCAAAGGUGAGUAACGCAGAGUAACGGUUGAAGAAGAACUUCGUGAAUUUAAGAAGAAGAAUCUGGGAUGAGUUUAGUACGGGGGAUCAGAGUGUUGAGACGUUUUAAAGGUUUUAAAACAGAUCUGAGUCGGUCUGAGCUCCAACACUCUCGAUGUUCAGACUCUGCAGAGACAGAUCUGAUCUGGACCCUCAGAGACAGAUCUGAUCUGGACCCUCAGAGUCCAGUACAGUCCUCCACCUCUCUGCUUCUGUCAGUUCAUCCAUGACAGGAAAACUCCCUUCACUGAGUCUGACUGCAUCACUGUCCAUCAGUGACACCUAGUGGACAACAUGAGGAAGUGAACGCACAUUUAUAAUAAACUGUGAAGAGGGUGAAACAGAUCAGUCUGCAGGUUUGAAAACAGGAUUAUUCACAGAGACAGGAACGCUUUAGUCUGAGGACGUAAACUGACGAGGAAACCUGCUUUUCUUUCUUUCUUCAGGGGGUCACAACUACGAUAAGAACCAGGUGAUCCUGAACACACUCGACCCAAACAAGCUGCACCAACGGUGGGAUGUGGAGAUUAUAUGACGACAUACGAGCCGCCGCCGCCGCUGCUGCUGAACCGGAUCAGGACAUGGACUAGAGUCUGCCUCAGGCUCUGUAAACAGCUGCUCAAGGACAGGAGGGUCGGAGAAGAGGCUCGACCUUCGCUGUAGGAGGAGAACGUUCUUCUGAGGAGGAGGAGGAGGAGAGGAAAACACUCGGAAGAACAGACAAACAACAACGAGGAGGACAUAAACUUUGUAUUUCAGACUUUAGUGCUGGUUUAUAUAUUUACUGUCUUUUUUAAAUAAAUCUGUUUGUCUGAUUUAAAUGAA